AUGUCUGCAAUAUCCUAUGAUGAACUUAAAUCUUUAACUAAAUUAACCCAACUAAAACUAGGAUACAAUGCUAUUAAGACUCUUGGAAACGGCGAAUUAAUGCUCCCAGCUUUAAAAUCACUGAGAAUAGAGAAUAACAAACUGAAAUUCAUAUAUCAGCACGACCUUGAUGGAAUGCCCAAUUUAGAAAUACUGGAUUUAAGUAACAAUCAGUUACAACAUAUUUCCCAUUUACAUUUUAAAAAAUCGAACAAAUUGCAGCAGCUCUACUUAAGUACCAAUAAUAUUCAUACCAUCGAUAAUUAUAGUUUCCGAAAUUUAAAUAAGCUAAAACGCUUUUACUACCUUCUGCAGAGCUUUGAACAUGAACGCGAUAAGAAUCAUUACCAGUCAAACAUUGAUUGGAUUGAAUUCCCUGGAAUCGCUAAUAUCGAAGAUAAUGCUUUUAUAACACUUCAAAGCUUAACGUCGCUAAGAAUUAGUAACAAUAUGUUAACAACUUUAAGAAAAAACACAUUUACCGGAUUACGACAACUACAGUUCUUGGCUUUGCAGGAUAAUUAUUUACAGUGUGUGUCAUCCAGCGUAUUUAGGCAACUUCCACAAUUAUUAAUAGUGGGUACCAAUUUUACAUCCAUAUGUUGUAUGUUGCAAGCUAACACCACAUGUUAUUCUGUCGGUAAAGCUAUUUGUCCAAGAAAUAUUAACUCAUCUUCCUGUAAUGUUACUAUUCUACCAGCCCCUUCUAUUCGAUGUCCGUAUAGGAUAUCAACGUCUCCUACCCCAGCAUUACAGGCAUCAUUACCGACCAAUUCAACGCCCAUUUAUACAAUGAAUCUUACUGCAACCUUUUUCACUCCAUCUACUACUAAUAGCACGACCAUACCAUAUACUACUCAUCCAUCAACUUCUAGUAACGGAAGUGCCAUAUCUAUGGUACCUAUAUUUCAUCAGCUCAAACUGGUAUUAGCAUUAAGGACGAUUGAAGAUAUAAUAAAUAAUAAUCUAAUGCAGUACUUGUAA